GCAGGGGGCACCAUUACAACCUUUCUGUGUUGGUUGAUAUUAAAGUCAUUUAUCACGGAUGUUUUUCGAGUUUAACGGUCUUUAACAAAGUAUCAUUUUAAGCAAAUUGUGAAAACUACGAAAACUCGAUAGGAUUCUUAACAUGGUUAAUUUGGUUAAAAGUAGGAAAGCAAAUUUAAACCAUGAAAACAGUACCGUAAUGAACAGCGGGUAAGGUAUUUUCAGGAAUGUUCUAAGGCGUCUUCUCGCCGUGCAAGGUUAGCGCCUGUAGUGCUGUCUAGUAUAAGCUUACUUGGGUCGAUUUUGUAAAAGGGCUGCCUUUGUAGGUAAAUAAACAGAUUUGUACUGGGCCUUCUUCGCCGUGCCAUGUAAUCCGAAAAAAGACAAUAUCUUCUUUGAGCCCUGUCUGGGUAAACAAAUGCGGAUCAGCCGAGAAGCAACGGAGGCUUUGCCAACUGCAGCCAACUUAUCAUUAAUUCCGAGGAAAACACUACCUCAGACAACUUGGUAUUGUUAAGAAUUACAGGUUAGUGAUACUCGCUGCAGCAACGGAUCAGCAUUACCAUAAACGACCUGUGUCUCUCGAUCUUCAAAGGUGCAAGCCAUAACAGUGAAGGGCUGGAAGAAACACGAUGAAGCUGCUCGUGGAGGUGAUCGUGUUUGUAUUUUUGCUUUGGAGCAGCGACAGCACAGCAAAGAGGCCAGCUCGUAUUAAUCCAUGGUGUCUGAAAGCUCCAGGACUCACUUCUAGUCAAAGAAAACUUUGCCUUAGAGUCCCUGGACUUCAAACUGCAAUAAAGAAAGGAAUCGAGAAAGGAUUGCAAGAAUGCGAACGAGAAUUUCAAUGGAAUAGAUGGAACUGCAGCUUGCUUGACCGGAAGAAUCUUGUACGGCGAGCACCGGAUGGAACUAAAGAAGCCGCUUUUACUACUGCAUUACUUUCAGCCGCAAUAGCGUUAAGCAUAGCGAAGGCCUGUACAUCAAAAGAUGUAACGGAAUGCAGUUGCGAGGGAGCUAAAAGACCCUUUCAUGGUCAAUCCUUAAAAUGGCGAGGUUGCAGUGUAAAUAUUCGUUAUGGAACUUACUCAGCUGAGCGGUUCAUGUUGAGCGGAAGAGGCAACAACAGUAAGAUAAAUACAAUAAUGAAGCAAAAUGUCAGAGUGGGACUCGAGGUAUUGAAAGAAAAUAGACUUGUCAAAUGCACCGUGGGCACAUCAGGAAGAAUAAAGUCCUGUCAACUUAUUUUACCACCACUUCAAAAGAUCAGCCGUAUUAUCAAAGCAAAGUAUUACAAAGCUACCAGGGUCAUUGCCACAAGAAGAGAUAGAAAAAAGUCAUAUUAUCUAAGAACCGUUGGGAGCUCGAGGAACCAUGGUCGACCUAAAAGCAAAAAACCAAAGAAGUCGUCUCUUGUUUACUUCAGCCAAUCCCCGUCUUACUGCUACCGUCAAGAUCAAUACAGCAUUCCAGGAACACGCGGUCGACAGUGCCAACGGAACACUCUCAAGGAAGAUGAUUGCACCUUUAUGUGUUGUGGUCGUGGUUACAAAAGGGAAGCAAAGUUCCAGAAGAGAUUUUGUCACUGCAAAGCGAGUGCUGAUGAGCCCUGUAGCUGCAAAAUAUGCACAGAUGUGAUAAUCGAGAACAAGUGCCUGUAAUGGGUAGAUAUGUCAAAUGUUUCGUUCUUCCAGAAGCUACAGCUCGAGUUUGCAGAGCCAAAUUGCAUAAUCCGUACUAACAGUGCUUUUUUGAAAACUUUAAACACUUUAUCGCAUUUCGCACUAAAAUUUCGUGCCGUAAACGUAAUACCACACUGUCACAGUCUUGAUUUUGUACUAAUAACUCAGCUCGGAUUAUACGCGAGUUGGGAUUGGUUGAAAAGUUAUGCUUUGAAAAAAAUAGAAAAGUAGACUGAGCUCCGUUAGAAUGAAGAAAUUUGCUGUGGACGAAAUAAAGAUACUAAAAGCCAUAGACAUGAGCCAAAUACCCACGUUAUCAGUGACACGAGAUUAGAAAGCUAACUGCCCGAGUAAUAGGGUCUAAUAAACACACGAUUCUGUGUCCAGUGUGA